GAUGAUGGCAUCACAGUCAAUAAGACAAAUUAUAUUACAUUGAGAGAUGAAGCAGACGAAAUAGAUUCUUUGGAUUAUGAUGAGAUGGAGGUUGAUGAAGUUGCGAAGAAUGAUAACGAAGUUCAAAAUGAGAUAGAUCAUGAAGAAAAGGAUCGAUUGAAUUUUAAAAUGAUUAAUAUGAAGUGUUUACGAAUUAUUCAAUCCAUUUUAGAAAAAAUUGGAGAAAGUUUAAGAAAUAAUCCAUCCACUUCUGGUUUUAUUGAUGAAGUAAUUAUACCAAAUACACAAAGUAAAGAUCCUGAUUUACGAGAAAUGAGUAUUCACUGUAUUGGACUAUGCUGCAUACUUGAUCAGUCAUUGGCUAAUGAAAAUCUUGUGGCUAAGAAUGCACUUAAUAAGUUUGAAAGUAAUUUGCUCAAAUAUUUUGAAGACGCACCCAAUGUUUUAGAUGAUGAAGAAUUAGAAAUGUUAAGAGAUAUACAUGAUUUUAUAAAUGAUGUAGAAUAA